AGACCCAAGGUCACUUAGGACUGCGCCAUUGGCCAACCUACAAGACAAUUGUUUUAAUAAUAGCUGAAAUAACCUGAUAAUUAGGUGGUGCGAAAAGAAAGAUUAAAUGGAGGAAGUACAAUCAAGGAAGUGAAACAAUAGCACACAUGAUUAUAAAACGAAAGUUAUAGCUUACGUUUAGUAGAAAUGCAGUGUAUUUAUCCUUCUCUCACUUCAAAAGAUUACAGAUUGAAAGCAAUAAUUUAAACCAGUGAAGUUCGACUCGUGAACGAAUCGAUUCUUUUAGUGAAUCAGUCGAACGGAUUCACAUGUCAAUUUGAAUCGAGCUUUUUUGUAGUGUCUGCGCAGUAUCUGUGUGCUGACAGUUCAAACACUAAUCUUUCAAAAUCCAGCCUCAUUAACCAUAAAAUAAACAUUAAGACAUUAAGCAAACUCUUUUAAUUUACUUUGCUGGUCUACUUUUUCUUUUCGAAGACCAGGUCCUGGUGCGCUCAUGAUGUUAUUAACGAACUAUCUAACAAGCCCUUGCUGAGGUGAACUGAACGUUAGAGCAGCAUGCAGGGAAGGAUUGAGAAUAACAACAAGUAUUUGUGAGUUAUGUUGGCUAUCGGACAUACUCACUGAGUCAGAUGUCAUUGUGUAAGUUUCUGUUUCUAACCCAGACAUUCAGACUCGUGAAUGAUUCUGAUGAAUAGUUAAUUUCGAUUCACAAACUGCUCUAAGAAUCGGUUCUGAAUACACUUGGUGUUCUGAAGCCCCGCCCCUCAGCGCUUCUUCUUUUAAACGUCACGCUCUAGCGCGCGUUGUUGCCCAUGGGUUGCCGUAGCAACCACGCGUUACACUCCCCGUGGAGAGCUUGUGUGAAACAAGGGAGAUAAAUAUUUCAGCACUGCUGGCUCCUGUUAAACUACAUGCAACGACCUCUGGCAGUAAUAUAAAGCUUUUGGGUUACGGAGGUUUAAACUGACACUCUCGUGAACUUAAAAGGUGAGUGGGGUGGGUUUUUUGUGAAAACUUUGGUAGCGUAACAGUGCCUGUUAAACAAACAGCUAACGUUAACAGCUACUUCGUUUUCUGCGAAUUUUAAUGUUAGUCAGUUUAACGUUAGACUUGGGUUAAUUUAAUUUAACCCAAGUCAGAACUUCCACGAGAUUUUCUUGUUCUACAAGUACUCAAAGUACUCAUUUUGGUACGGAACUGAAGAGGAGAAACAUUUCUAGGUUAAGUUCUCCACGACUUUUGGUCCAGCGACGAUAUUCAAAGAACAUUCAACGAUCCAAUUGCAUGGGGAAAUGGUUCUUCAGAUUGACGGAGAAUGUGUUUGUAUGUUUUUACACAGAACUUUUUUUGAAAAGGGUUAUUUUGUAACUCCAAAAAGGGUUUUUCUGUUGUUACGAGUUUGACAGUGUAACAAGAACAUAACCCCCUUCUGAUGCAAUAUUGAACUGUAUAAAACACACUCUCCAUCAAUCUCAAGAACCAUUUCACCAUGCAAAGAAGCACUGAAGAGUGCAAGCGGUUCUUUGAGCAUUUAUGGUUCUAUAUAGAACAAUUAACUAAACAAACCCUUUAAGACCCAUCUUUUUAAAGAGUGUAGUAUCAAGACAUGGCUCAAGUUUACACAUCACUAAAUCUCAUUGUUUAACUGAAAAUUCUUGAACAAAAGCUGAAAAGUUGUUACCUAGCUAAAUAACUAGAGUUAAUCAUAAAGAUCUCCUUUGUUAAGGUAGCGAACUGUUAUGGCAGCUGGGGAUGGACAAUUUCACUGAUUUACCCAGUAAUACCAAGAUUUAAUUCUGUAGUAAUAUUUGCGUAAUGAAUAACCCCAAGUCAUGUGAAUCGGAAUGUAUCAGUGAUGACAAAAAUGAUGCUUUGGAAGACCUGGAAUGGAAUGAAUGCGAUUCUCUUGAGAGGAAACAUGUGAAUGUGCUGCUGGAUAUCAGUGAGGAACACACUCUCAAAGAGCAGGAUCCUUAUAUGGCUCAGAGUCAAGGCUGGGAGGAGGCUAUCAAAGGAUGGGGUCGGUCUGCUCCACUUGCUUGCUUGUUUCAAGCACAGAGAAAAGGGAGAAAGGUCAAAUCAGAUGUUAUAGAUUUCCAUUGCCUUCUCUGUGCUGAUCUGAAGCUGUCUGAGCUCCUUGUAUCUGGCUGUGCUGGCACCUCCUCUGAAUUCUGUGUGAUUACUGAGGAGUCUUUGAAGAACACCAUUCCUGCCUCACUGGAGCUCCUAAAAAGAGCCCCCAGCAACAGUUCAUUAUCUCCUUCAGAAGAAGAAUCAUCUGAUUUCAGUAAAGGUGAACAGUGCAUACACAACAAAACUCUACCUCACCACUUUCAGCCUAACGCUCAGUGCACAUUUCUGAAAGACAGAGGUGCAGGAAAGGUUGCACUCAUUGGCAGCCUUCUUGUAUUGCCCCCUGUAAUACCACCUACUCCUGCAAAUUCAAAGAGUCCCAUUUUAUUAAAGAGGAGAGAGGCUCGUGAUACGUGUCCAGCAGAGGGAGAAGUUAACUCAGUUGCUGUGUGUGGUACUACAGGAUCAGUCACUGUUGGUGAGAAAGUGGUUACUGAUGGAGAAGGAGAGAAAGCAGUCGUUAUCCCAUAUUGCAGCUCAACUGUAGACACCUGCCAAGGAUCCCUUACCUCUAAGCACGAGCCGAGCCAGCACCAGUAUCAUCUGUUGUCCAUCGCCGUCUCCAAGAAGGCUUAUCUGCUACCUCAGGCCACAUCCCUCCUGGGACGAAACCUCAGACGGGAUGAACUGACCAGAUCACCUCUCAGACACAACUCUGGGCACAGACCAAAUUUAUGCCUCAAGGCUAAGAGUAUAAAAAAGGCAGAGCCUGAGCUUCCAAUGCUGUUAGGCACUAGAGUGGCAAUACCAGUCUCUGCUCAGCGCUUACUGUAAAUGUAUUGCAUUACUGACCACUGUAUGUUGAAAUGACCUGAUGCGGACUGAACUGUUCAUACAAUGAAAACACACAAUUAUAUGUCAUGAUGAAUGGGGAAUACAGUGUCUUGACCAUUUUGCCCCAAAGCUUUUAAAAAGAGUAUUUUGGAAAUCAUCAAUAUAUGGUUGUAACAAUGCAUUGUGACACUGUGAUAUCACAAUGCAAAAAAUGUGACUGUGUACAUUGCAGGGAUUCAACAAUGCAGUUUGGAGAGUGACCAUUUAAUUAUUUAUGCCAUCUAAUACAGUCCAAUUGUUUGAACACCAGUGUUGGCAAAAAGUCAACACCAAUUAACUACUAACUCCAUUGUGUUUGUAUCAUAUGCUGCAUUCCUCACACAUAUCAGUUCUGGGGAAGAAGUCUUCAUUAGUCCUUGUUCAGGUUUAGAAUAUUCUGAGAAUACUUGCAUGAAACCUAGUGGCAGUGGUUUAAUUCUGACAGGUACAUAGUAAAUAUGGUAGAAUGUAGUGAACCCUGAGAAUUUGGGCUGGACUACUGGGCAGCUUCUGUUUGAGCUAGGCUGAUUUUUGGUGAAAGGUGUUAAAACUGACAGAGAAUGGAGUAAUGGGGGAAAUCAGUGUAAAACAUUUAUAAUGGGAAACAGAAGGUAAAGAUGGAAAAAUAAGAUGUUAUGUUGGUAGGAGGGGCUUCAGGCAUGGUCCUCCCCCCAAAUUCAGUUAUUUUAUAACUGUUUAAUGUUUAUGUGAGAGUCUCAUCAGUACAAGUUCCUUUAAAGUUUACAACUAAUGCUUUCAGGCAUAUCAGUUUGUUAGUAUUUUUAUAAGAUUAUUGAUAUUAGUUCUAGGAUGGCAAAUGUGCAAAGUAAUAUCACAGAAAAGAGCACAAAGAAAUGGAUGAGAAAAGGUGGUUAAAAGCCUUGCUUUCAGUGUUCUCUGCACAGUGUUUGUAGUUUUAAUGCCCAUGACUGCCCAAGAGCUUUUCUAGUUUCCCAGCAACUGAGCUGCCUACAAAAGGUUGCUUACUGUCAGGGGGCCUCAGGCACACAUGUGGAGCACACAUGCCUUAAUAGUGAACUUCCAGCAACUGCAGAUAUUGUAUAAUCAUGUCAAUGUCAUGAGAAAUUCAAGCAUUGCAGAAACACUGUUUAGAACAAUGUGUCACAUUUCAUUUCAUUAGAAAAAGUGCUCAUUUCAUGGAGAGAGAUCUGAGAUACAUUCUGCUUACUAAAUUUAAACAUAAAGGGGAACAGCUGUGAUAUAAAUAAGUGUUAUUACUGACUUUUUUUUAAACACCUAAUGUUCACCAACUCAGUUUUUUUGCACUUUAUUAAAAAUGAAUACUGAAUUUGUUACUAAGAUAGCAAAGUUAAAUAUUUCAUUAAAAUAUUAUAAAUAUACUUAUUUAUAAUUUUAAGUCUUCUUACCACCCCAUACCAUUCAAGCAAGCAGUGACAUUUAUUCCAUGACACUGUAGACAUAAAUUAGACAACCAACAUGCAAUUAACACUUUAAUUCUCUCAAUAGCACUUUAUUUUGAGCAUCUGCUGCAGCAUAGCCUAAACAACAGAAGAACAUAUUCAGGGUUAAACUGGUAUGCCUUACCAAACCCUCAAGAAUGCACAUAACUUAAGACAUAUCAAUAUUAG